CAAUCGCGUGUUAAUCGUAAUCAGCUGUUCACAUUUAGUUUUUAGAAUUUGUUAAAUUUCAAAAUUAUGCGAUUAUUGAUACUUUAUGGCAGUCAGACGGGCACCGCUCAAGAUGUAGCCGAGCAACUGUGGCGCGAAUCGAAGCAAUGGGGCUUAGACGGCCCUGUUCUGGGUUUUGACGAUUACGAAAUACAGCAAUUGGUAGAGGAGCGUUUGGUUAUCUUUGUAGUGGCCACCACCGGCGAUGGAGUUGAACCGGAUAACAUGAAACGAGCUUGGCGCUUUUUGCUGAAACGAAGCUUGCCACCCGACUCACUAAGUGGUUUACAGUUUGCCUGUUUGGGACUGGGAGAUUCCAGUUAUCCAAAAUUCAACUAUGCUGCUAAGAAACUACAUAAGCGUCUGCAGAACUUGGGUGCCGAAAUGCUAUGCCCGGUUGGACUUUGUGAUGACCAACACGAUCAUGGACACCUGGGCACGUCUUUGCCCUGGAGUGAAUCACUGUGGACCACAUUAAGUCAAAACUUGACAUUGAAGCAGUGUACAGAGCAUACGAAAAUUGAACAUUUGCACAAAUGGGACCUAAAGGUACUGCCUGGAUACUGCCAGGCAUUAGAUGAGGAACGUUUGCAGUGGACCCAAAAAACGUUACCCAUAAAACUGAAAUUGGGGGAGAACACUCGCACAACAACCCCGGAUCACUUUCAGGAUGUGCGUUUUCUGCGUUUCAGUUACGCCGACGAAGCAGCGAUAACUUGGCAGCCUGGCGAUAUAGUCGAUCUACAGCCACAAAAUAGUCCGGAGAAAGUGAGUGAUUUCUUUGAACUCCUAAGUGAGCAUAAACUGGAAUUCAAUGAACAGACAGUAGUACAAGUGAGUAGCGCUCAUAAGGAUAUGCCACUGCCUAUUGCCUAUACAAAGCCCAUUCCAUUGAAAUAUGCGGCCAAAUAUAUAUGGGAUUUAACUGCGAAGCCGCGUCAGCGCUUCUUUGAGGUGCUCUCCCAGGACUGCGAUGAUGAGCUGGAGCAGGAGAAGUUACUGGAAUUCAGCAGUCCACAGGGUUUGGAUGACUUAAUAGCAUAUGUGAACCGACCACGUCGAACACUGCUGGAAGUGUUGCAGGAUUUUAGACACGCAUCGGCUAAAUUAACAUUGUCUAAACUUUUUGAGAUGAUGCCUCUCAUUCAGCCACGUAGUUUUUCGAUAGCAUCGGACGCGUCAACUUGUAGUCUCGACUUGCUAGUGGCUGUGGUCAAUUAUAAGACGAUAUUGCAAGUACCUCGACUGGGUCUGUGCUCCAAUUGGCUGAAGACUCUACAGCCGGGUGUUGAAAUCAACGGCUCGAUUAAGCCCGGCACCAUGGGCCUGCCCAAAGACUUGACGAUUCCGCUGAUAAUGGUUGGGCCUGGCACUGGAAUUGCGCCAUUUCGUAGCGUUGUACAAAAUCGUCUGCAUGCUCAGCAAUCAGGUGAUAAAGUGGGAACUCUGCUUGUGUUCUUCGGCUGUCGCAAUAAGAAGCACGAUUUCCAUUUCGAGGACGAUUUCAUUGCAUGGCGUAAGGCCAACAUUGUGGAGCCAUUUUUUGCAUUUUCCCGUGAUGGGGAGCAUAAGGUGUAUGUACAACAUUUGAUUAAACGCGAGGCCGUAAGACUCGAGCCACUGCUCAGGCAGCAGAAUGCCCAUAUUUAUGUAUCAGGAUCAUCCAAUAGUAUGCCCAAGGCUGUUAAAGAAGCCUUUAUUGAGGUGCUGAACGGGGAUGUUAAUUAUGUGGAAGGCAUGAUCAAAGCAAAACGGUAUCAGGAGGAAACAUGGUCGUGAUUAGUUCCUAGUAUGCACAAAAUAUAUUUUAAUGUAGACAAAUUAAAUAAGUACU